GAAUUAAAGUGAAAUGAAAAGUGAAAAGCAAUUACAUUCACCAAAGGGUACUAUUGGUAUGAUUGACCAAAUUCUUUCCCUGGUCUUGGAAGAAGGCAUGGGUUUUGUACCCUGAAGGAGGAUUGUGCCCUCUAAAUUUUAGCCAUCUAAAAGUGAGGUAACUAGUGUAGGAGUCAUCUUUACUUCACCUAGGGUUAACAGAGAGAAAAUGUCAUCUCCAGCAAACACCAUGUUCCGCUAAACUAGGACGGGGUGAAAUGCCCUUUGCUGUCCUAGCCUGAGGGAGCCCAGGUAGCCAGCUGAAGCGUGGGUGUUCUCAGUAUCUGAAGUCAUGUAAGAUGGAGCCCACUGGAAGAAAUCCCAGUCUAAAUCUGCAAACUCAGCCUAAGGUGCAAACGCACUUAGCACACCAAAUAAGCUUCAUGAAAGUGUAGGCAUCUGUGUAGCAUCAUCAUCAACAAUCUUCCUGGAAGAGGUUUAGAAAAGGAUUUGAUAGAGCAAAGGUAAUCGUUUGAUACGUGAGAAGAGGAGAGCGGUUCUGGCACACUCUAACAGAGAUGGAAUUAUUGCAUCCACCCCUCCUGCUACCUCCACCCCCAAAAUCUGAAAACUUCCUGAUUUGUGUUCAUCAAUAAUUAAAAGCCCAUCAGCAAUACUCAGAGGGAGCUUGCAUUGCACUUCUGAGCAGCCAGAUAGUAAUGUACAGUGGAGAGAUCCUCUUUUUCAAAUCCCAGGGCUCCAGGCCAUGCAAUGCUAGUAUUGCAUUUUCAAUUAGCUUCUGAGUGAACGCUUGGCAUAUGUAGAAAUGAACCGGUACACAAUUAGCUUAUUGUUCCUUUCAGCUUUGUGCUGAGAGGAUCUGAAGGGCUGCAGAAGAGAGGGGAGAGGGGGAGGAAAAGAAAAAAUAGCCAAGCCAGCAGCAUCUCUGUGGAUGUGGAAUAAGGGAGUCGCUGGGCUCACGCAGAUUCCUGUGCUCGGUCGGGAGGUACGGCUGCUCCGGGGAGCGCUCAGCCUGGCCGCGGGCAGGGCGCCGGGGAGAGGCGCGCACCGACUCGCAGGCUCCAGCCUCCUCUCUCCCCUGACUCACCUCGGAAUCGCGAUGGAGCCCAACAGCCCUAAAAAAAUACAGUUUGCUGUGCCACUGUUUCAGAGUCAAAUAGAUCCCGAGGCAGCUGAGCAGAUCAGGAAAAGAAGGCCUACACCAGCAUCACUCGUCAUCAUGAAUGAACACGUGCCUCCAGAAAAAGAUGAGAAGAGAGCAAACAUCUCACAGGCAGAGUCGCAGAGUGCCUCUCCCAAGCAGAGGAAGCAGAGCGUCUUCACCCCGCCUGCCCUCAAAGGGAUUAAGCAUCUGAAGAGUCAGAGUGAGUCAGCGUUUCCAGAGGAAGAAGAGGGAGUCAGCGAACGGGAAGAGGAGUGGGGCCAUUAGAGAGCGUGACGCUGCCUCGAGCGCCGUCGCAGUGACUGAAGCAAGCAGCCGUGUGUGUCACACCUUCCGCCACCACUCCUGCCCCCAUGCCACCGCGCUGGGCGUGCUGGCGGCCCUGGGAGCGCCCUCGGCUGGGUUUGGCAGCCAUCUGCAAAUGCGUUCUGUGAUCCUUAUAUCUGAAGAUAAAACAGCUAUUUUAAAGUCUUUUUUCUUUAAUUUUCUAUGACUUAGAAAUGUAACUUGCAAACAUGUUAGUGACCUGACAUCAGUACUGCCAGAGCUUAACUACUGCGUGUGAGCUGUACUCUAAGGCCUGUUGUAAAUAAAACCAACUUAAAAGCUACAAAAUAAAUACUAUGUACAUUUAGACAAGACUGUAUAUUGUACAGUGGGUUCGUCUAACGUACAGAGAAAUGUUCGUAUAAAAUGAUUUUUUCAGCUAAGGGCAGCUUUUACCAGUCUUGCUAGUUACUUGCAGUAACGGAGACAGAAACAAAGCAAGCAAAGGUGACCCUUAGUCUAGAGAAAGAUGCAAAGGCUCUUUCCCGUGUUCCCUGGAUAUGCAGCGCUUCAAGUACUUGUCCUUCCUUUGGUCUGAGGCUGCUUAGUCACAUCAGCCAAAAUGGUUUCUCUUUACACAAGACCAUUGCUACCUGGAGGCAUUGGAAGAAGUUUCAAUUUGGGAGUGAGCAGGGUGCCCCCCACCAGCUGAGCCAAAGGAAACGCUGCGGUUCCCCUUCAUCGCCCGCAGCAAACACAGGGUACAGCCGUCUGCAGCGGGGGGCAGCCCGCUCUGCACUUGCCACAGUUUCAGCCAGUAAAUGGUACCAUAUCAAGCUGUGGUGACUUGGCAGGUGUCUGAGCCCUAGGGUUUUGGCUGAAGUUUGGCGUGGUCCAUCCAUCCCAAUAUUAUUAUUGGUCACACCAAGCAAACUCUAUGGCAUAAAAUGAAAUAACGUGGAGAAGGAAAACAGUGUUUCUUCAAAGUUGCAUUUGAUAGAUCAUUUCCUUUGCUAUCAAUGGCCAAUUUUUAAACCAAUUCACUGUCAUUUUGUAUUAACUGUCUGCCUUUGAUACAAAGAUUUAUCAUUGGUUCAACUUUACACUCCUUUAAGUCUCUUUUAAAGGCUGAACUAGUUAAAAAAAAAAAAAAAAAAAAAAAGAGAUUAAGUGUAUGAAAACACAGAGCCUGCUGUGUAUGCCUUGCAUGGUGAUUUCACUCUCAAUCCAAGGUCUUCUGCAAAGACCUGCUAAGAACAGGAUCUUUCAACAAGUGUUUUUGGGAGUCACCUCUUUGCCCUCCAUCUGUAUCUGUCCUCUUUGUUGCCAUUCUCUGUAGAAAAACUGCAAACAGGAUCCGUGGCUCCAGCUCGGCAUGGAUAUACAAGAAGGACUCUUCAGUUGCACAGAAGCAGCUACAAGACUUAGAGGACUGAGGAUUUUUUCUGCCACAAACAACAAAAAGAAGGAACUGACCCUUCAGAAACCAUUUGAAUCGCCCAAGGUUAAGACCGGAUUGGUAGCAAGAAGAGCUGGGCUCUGGUCCCAGUUACACCACAGCUUUGCUUCCACACAGCACCAGGCUCUUCACGUAGUUGUUCAUUGCCACAAUACACCCAGUUCUAAAACAGUUGUUGGUGUUUAACCUUGCACCAUCUAUCUGUGUUAGCUAAUAAAGCACUUUUCAUAUUAA